AAAACAGAAUCAGAAAUCACAACAGCAAAGAUUGCAACAACAAAACCACCUAAAGAAGUCACCACUGGCCCAGUAACAAGCUCUACCACAGCUGUUGUUGAAACUACCACCUCCGUGCCAGGUGUCACAACAACAAGCCCUGAAACAACAGUCGUGACAUCAAAACCUUCUGUUGUUACCACAACUAUUGAAGUACCGUCACCAACAACUACAGAAACCACAACCAAAUCUGUAGAGACAACAGAAUCAGAAACCACAACAGCAAAGAUUGCGACAACAAAACCACCUAAAGAAGUCACCACUGGCCCAGUAACAAGCUCUACCACAGCUGUUGUUGAAACUACCACCUCCGUGCCAGGUGUCACAACAACAAGCCCUGAAACAACAGUCGUGACAUCAAAACCUUCUGUUGUUACCACAACUAUUGAAGUACCGUCACCAACAACUACAGAAACCACAACCAAAUCUGUAGAGACAACAGAAUCAGAAACCACAACAGCAAAGAUUGUGACAACAAAACCACCUAAAGAAGUCACCACUGGCCCAGUAACAAGCUCUACCACAGCUGUUGUUGAAACAACCACCUCCGUGCCAGGUGUCACAACAACAAGCCCUGAAACAACAGUCGUAACAUCAAAACCUUCUGUUGUUACCACAACUAUUGAAGUACCGUCACCAACAACUACAGAAACAACAACCAAAUCUUUAGAGACAACAGAAUCAGAAAUCACAACAGCAAAGAUUGCAACAACAAAACCACCUAAAGAAGUCACCACUGGCCCAGUAACAAGCUCUACCACAGCUGUUGUUGAAACUACCACCUCCGUGCCAGGUGUCACAACAACAAGCCCUGAAACAACAGUCGUGACAUCAAAACCUUCUGUUGUUACCACAACUAUUGAAGUACCGUCACCAACAACUACAGAAACCACAACCAAACCUGUAGAGACAACAGAAUCAGAAACCACAACAGCAAAGAUUGCGACAACAAAACCACCUAAAGAAGUCACCACUGGCCCAGUAACAAGCUCUACCACAGCUGUUGUUGAAACUACCACCUCCGUGCCAGGUGUCACAACAACAAGCCCUGAAACAACAGUCGUGACAUCAAAACCUUCUGUUGUUACCACAACUAUUGAAGUACCGUCACCAACAACUACAGAAACCACAACCAAAUCUGUAGAGACAACAGAAUCAGAAACCACAACAGCAAAGAUUGUGACAACAAAACCACCUAAAGAAGUCACCACUGGCCCAGUAACAAGCUCUACCACAGCUGUUGUUGAAACAACCACCUCCGUGCCAGGUGUCACAACAACAAGCCCUGAAACAACAGUUGUAACAUCGAAACCUUCUGUUGUUACCACAACUAUUGUAGUACCGUCACCAACAACUACAGAAACCACAACCAAAUCUGUAGAGACAACAGAAUCAGAAAUCACAACAGCAAAGAUUGCGACAACAAAACCACCUAAAGAAGUCACCACUGGCCCAGUAACAAGCUCUACCACAGCUGUUGUUGAAACUACCACCUCCGUGCCAGGUGUCACAACAACAAGCCCUGAAACAACAGUCGUAACAUCAAAACCUUCUGUUGUUACCACAACUAUUGAAGUACCGUCACCAACAACUACAGAAACAACAACCAAAUCUGUAGAGACAACAGAAUCAGAAAUCACAACAGCAAAGAUUGCGACAACAAAACCACCUAAAGAAGUCACCACUGGCCCAGUAACAAGCUCUACCACAGCUGUUGUUGAAACUACCACCUCCGUGCCAGGUGUCACAACAACAAGCCCUGAAACAACAGUCGUAACAUCAAAACCUUCUGUUGUUACCACAACUAUUGAAGUACCGUCACCAACAACUACAGAAACCACAACCAAAUCUGUAGAGACAACAGAAUCAGAAAUCACAACAGCAAAGAUUGCGACAACAAAACCACCUAAAGAAGUCACCACUGGCCCAGUAACAAGCUCUACCACAGCUGUUGUUGAAACUACCACCUCCGUGCCAGGUGUCACAACAACAAGUCCUGAAACAACAGUCGUAACAUCAAAACCUUCUGUUGUUACCACAACUAUUGAAGUACCUUCACCAACAACUACAGAAACAACAACCAAAUCUGUAGAGACAACAGAAUCAGAAAUCACAACAGCAAAGAUUGCGACAACAAAACCACCUAAAGAAGUCACCACUGGCCCAGUAACAAGCUCUACCACAGCUGUUGUUGAAACUACUACCUCCGUGCCAGGUGUCACAACAACAAGCCCUGAAACAACAGUCGUGACAUCAAAACCUUCUGUUGUUACCACAACUAUUGAAGUACCGUCACCAACAACUACAGAGACCACAACCAAAUCUGUAGAGACAACAGAAUCAGAAACCACAACAGCAAAGAUUGUGACAACAAAACCACCUAAAGAAGUCACCACUGGCCCAGCAACAAGCUCUACCACAGCUGUUGUUGAAACUACCACCUCCGUGCCAGGUGUCACAACAACAAGCCCUGAAACAACAGUCGUAACAUCAAAACCUUCUGUUGUUACCACAACUAUUGAAGCACCGUCACCAACAACUACAGAAACAACAACCAAAUCUGUAGAGACAACAGAAUCAGAAACCACAACAGCAACGAUUGCGACAACAAAACCACCUAAAGAAGUCACCACUGGCCCAGUAACAAGCUCUACCACAGCUGUUGUUGAAACUACCACCUCCGUGCCAGGUGUCACAACAACAAGCCCUGAAACAACAGUCGUAACAUCGAAACCUUCUGUUGUUACCACAACUAUUGUAGUACCGUCACCAACAACUACAGAAACCACAACCAAAUCUGUAGAGACAACAGAAUCAGAAAUCACAACAGCAAAGAUUGCGACAACAAAACCACCUAAAGAAGUCACCACUGGCCCAGUAACAAGCUCUACCACGGCUGUUGUUGAAACUACCACCUCCGUGCCAGGUGUCACAACAACAAGCCCUGAAACAACAGUCGUAACAUCAAAACCUUCUGUUGUUACCACAACUAUUGAAGUACCGUCACCAACAACUACAGAAACAACAACCAAAUCUGUAGAGACAACAGAAUCAGAAAUCACAACAGCAAAGAUUGCGACAACAAAACCACCUAAAGAAGUCACCACUGGCCCAGUAACAAGCUCUACCACAGCUGUUGUUGAAACUACCACCUCCGUGCCAGGUGUCACAACAACAAGCCCUGAAAUAACACUCGUAACAUCAAAACCUUCUGUUGUUACCACAACUAUUGAAGUACCUUCACCAACAACUACAGAAACCACAACCAAAUCUGUAGAGACAACAGAAUCAGAAAUCACAACAGCAAAGAUUGUGACAACAAAACCACCUAAAGAAGUCACCACUGGCCCAGUAACAAGCUCUACCACAGCUGUUGUUGAAACUACCACCUCCGUGCCAGGUGUCACAACAACAAGCCCUGAAACAACAGUCGUGACAUCAAAACCUUCUGUUGUUACCACAACUAUUGAAGUACCGUCACCAACAACUACAGAGACCACAACCAAAUCUGUAGAGACAACAGAAUCAGAAACCACAACAGCAAAGAUUGCGACAACAAAACCACCUAAAGAAGUCACCACUGGCCCAGUAACAAGCUCUACCACAGCUGUUGUUGAAACUACCACCUCCGUGCCAGGUGUCACAACAACAAGCCCUGAAACAACAGUCGUAACAUCAAAACCUUCUGUUGUUACCACAACUAUUGAAGUACCUUCACCAACAACUACAGAAACCACAACCAAAUCUGUAGAGACAACAGAAUCAGAAACCACAACACCAAAGAUUGCGACAACAAAACCACCUAAAGAAGUCACCACUGGCCCAGUAACAAGCUCUACCACAGCUGUUGUUGAAACUACCACCUCCGUGCCAGGAGUCACAACAACAAGCCCUGAAACAACAGUCGUAACAUCAAAACCUUCUGUUGUUACCACAACUAUUGAAGUACCGUCACCAACAACUACAGAAACCACAACCAAAUCUGUAGAGACAACAGAAUUAGAAACCACAACAGCAAAGAUUGCGACAACAAAACCACCUAAAGAAGUCACCACUGGCCCAGUAACAAGCUCUACCACAGCUGUUGUUGAAACUACCACCUCCGUGCCAGGUGUCACAACAACAAUCCCUGAAACAACAGUCGUAACAUCAAAACCUUCUGUUGUUACCACAACUAUUGAAGUACCGUCACCAACAACUACAGAAACAACAACCAAAUCUGUAGAGACAACACAAUCAGAAAUCACAACACCAAAGAUUGCGACAACAAAACCACCUAAAGAAGUCACCACUGGCCCAGUAACAAGCUCUACCACAGCUGUUGUUGAAACUACCACCUCCGUGCCAGGUGUCACAACAACAAGCCCUGAAACAACAGUCGUGACAUCAAAACCUUCUGUUGUUACCACAACUAUUGAAGUACCGUCACCAACAACUACAGAAACCACAACCAAAUCUGUAGAGACAACAGAAUCAGAAACCACAACAGCAAAGAUUGUGACAACAAAACCACCUAAAGAAGUCACCACUGGCCCAGCAACAAGCUCUACCACAGCUGUUGUUGAAACUACCACCUCCGUGCCAGGUGUCACAACAACAAGCCCUGAAACAACAGUUGUAACAUCAAAACCUUCUGUUGUUACCACAACUAUUGAAGUACCGUCACCCACAACUACAGAAACCACAACCAAAUCGGUAGAGACAACAACAUCAGAAAAAAUUGCAACAACAAAACCACCUAAAGAAGUCACCACUGGCCCAGUAACAAGCUCUACCACAGCUGUUGUUGAAACUACAACCUCAGUGCCAGGUGUCACAUCAACAAGCCAAGAGACAACAGUUCAUGUAGUCACAGGAAAACCACAAACAACAACUGUAAUUACUAAACCUCUUUUGGAAACAACAACUAUUGUGGCUUCAACUGUAACUACAGCAGCAACAGCUAAAGCUACAACGUCCAUUCUCCCAAUAACACAGACUCUUCCAGGCAGCACAACUGUUUACACUACCCUACCAGCCAGGACCACGGUUGUUUCUACACCAUCACUGUUUACCACAACUACAACAAUAUGUGUGUGCAUUGUAAAUGGGACUUCACACCGUUCUGGGGACUUGGUGUAUAAUGUCACUGAUGGCUUAGGAUGGUGUUAUGUUGCAUAUUGCAAUGCAUCUUGUAAAGUUGAUACGCAAUCCAGUCUAUGUCCCACAACACAACCCAGCACAACUGCACAUUCUACCACUGCAGUGAUUGGCACCACUACAAAGGCAACAAUUGCUUCCACCACAACUAUUCCUACCUCUUCUUCCACUCCAUCAACGACCCCAUCUACAACUACCGUGGACUGCAAUGAUGUGAAUCCACCAAGAAAGAAUGGACAAUCCUGGAAGGUCAGCAACUGCACCAUAGCUACCUGCAUCGAUGGCAAGGUCACAGAGACAGCUACUCCCUGUCCCACAGUACAACAACCCAUCUGUGCCAAUGGGCGCCAAGUUGUCAAAGUCUAUGAUGAUAACGGAUGCUGCUUCCACUAUGAAUGUGAAUGUGUGUGCAGUGUCUGGGCUAGAUCCCACUACAUGACGUUUGAUGGAAAAUCAUACGAUUUCAACAAGAACUGCUCUUACUACCUGGUCAAAGAGAUUAUUACUAAAUAUAAUCUGACUAUCAUAGUAAAUAACCAUGACUGUGACCCUUCAGACAGCACAUUCUGUCCGCAGGGUCUCACUGUUACAUACCAAUCCGACACAGUAGUUUUGACUCAGUUGAAUAUUUCAGGAUCAGCAGUUAAUGUGGUGUAUGUGAAUCAGAAACGUAUCUAUCCCGCCUAUACAAAUUCUGUCCUACGCCUUACUAGCACAGAUAUGGUGAUCACAUUGGAGAUACCGGAGAUCGACACAAAAGUGGUCUAUAGGGGCUCCUCGUUCAGCAUUGACCUUUCUUAUUCCCUCUUUGGUGGGAACACUGAGGGACAGUGUGGGACCUGUGACAACUUUCAUAACAACGACUGCCGGUCUCCAAACGGCCAGGUAGAAAGCUGCUCAGACUCUGCAGGCCAGUGGCAUGUCCCAGGUACACCCUGUGUCACACCCACAACUCCACCUAAGACCACCUCAACACCACUAUACACAACAACAAAGCCAGCUUGCAAACCUGCCAUUUGUGAUCUUCUAACCAGCAGUGUUUUUGCACCAUGCCACACAGUCAUACCUCCAGGACCAUUUGUGAAAUCCUGUGUGUCUGACAUUUGCAACAAUGGCAAUAACACCUGCUCCAGCCUGGAGGCCUAUGCCACUGACUGCUCUAAUGCAGGUGUCUGUAUCGACUGGAGGACUGCAACCAAUGGGCAAUGUGAGCACACGUGUCCAAAUAACAAGGUGUACAGAGCCUGUGGCCCAACUGUAGAGCCUACAUGCAAUGAGAGAUACAACAAAAGGUUCAAGGCAGAUAGCCACACAUCGACUAACUACACUCAGGAGGGUUGCUUCUGUCCUCAUGACACCAUCUUAUUCAACACAGUCUAUGACACGUGUGUUACCUCCUGUGAUUGUGUUGGGCCUGAUGGAAAACCCAAACAGCCUGGUGACACAUGGACAAGUGACUGCAACACCUGUAUGUGUGACAAGGAUUCCAUGAGCAUCCAUUGUCAGCCUGUUCAGUGCCCAUCAGUACAGAGCCCCAACUGCAGCAGACCUGGCCAGCAGCUGGUCAACAAGACAGAUGGCUGCUGCACAACACCUUCGUGUGAGUGCAAUGUAAACCUGUGUCCUGCUCCUAUCACCUGCCCGCUGGGCUUCCAACUUAACGUCACCCAUAGCACCUGCUGCCAAUCCUACAAGUGUGUUCCUAAAGGUGUAUGUGUCUAUGACUUGACCGAGUACAAGCCUGGUGCCAAGAUACCAACACCAGAAACACCAUCAGUACCACCAUUAGAAGCACCAUCAACAGCACCAUCAGGAACAACAGCAGCACCAUCGGGCCCUAUAUCAGAGAAGCCUUUUAGUCCUGGGGCCUGCCAGGAAUGUUACUGUGGCCACAAAAUGGAUCCCAUCAUAAAUCUGAACAUGAUUACCUGCAAACCCAUUGUCUGCAACACAACGUGCUCUGAAGGUUAUGAAUAUCAGACUGUACCUGACAAGUGCUGCGGGAAGUGUGUUCUAAAGAGCUGUAGUGUCACCACACCUGACAACAAAAUCAUUAUCAUUGAGGUCGGCAAAACUUUUGUACCCGCAAAUGACAAGUGUGUGCAAUAUACCUGUGAGAAGAUCAAUGGACAGCCUGUUACCAAGGAAAGCAUGAUCACUUGUCCACCCUUUAAACCCUUGGACUGUGAACCUGGCACUGAGACAACUGACAAGAAUGGAUGCUGCAAAACAUGCAAGCUGCGGAGCACCUGUGAGGUCCAGAGUAAGCAGACAGUCAUCAAGGUGAAUGACUGUAGCAGCACGCAGCUGGUCAACGUGACGUCAUGCGGGGGACACUGUGGCAGCUCGUCCAUAUAUUCUGCAGCAGCUAACAAGAUGAUACACCAGUGUGAGUGUUGCCAAGAGGCCACGACCAGUCAGAAGCAAGUGGAGCUGACUUGUGGCGACGGCUCUAAGGUCCCGCACAGCUACAUCGUGGUUGAGACGUGCCGCUGCAGCAAAGCAGAGUGUGUGGCGGGAACAAUGUCCAAACAACAGCGCCGAAGGAGACGCUGAUCAACUACUUACUGCUUUACUCUUGACUGAAACCUUACAAACACUAUGGAAGACUUAAUGUUAGACCUUCUAAUUAUUGUCAGGUUGUAUUACUUAUAGCUUAUCAUCUGCUCUUUUUCCGUGUCACAACAUACUACUGUAAACUUUCUUAAUUUUAGGAAUUCUCAGAUGAUAAUUAAUAAAAUAUUUCUGCAAUAUGAA